CUGAAUGCUGCUGCUGUCCCCGGCCACCACCCAGGGCUUCCUGCACCGAGGACCAUGAGGAAGCUGCAGUUCUGGCUCACCCUCCUUGCUGGCCUCUCGGGGAUCGUGGCCCAGGAAGACCUCUACCGAAAGGUGUUCGUCUUCCGGAAGGACCCGAGCGAUGCCUACGUGCUCCUGAAGGCGCAGGCGGAGCAGCCGCUGCAGAACUUCACCGUGUGCCUGAGGUCCUACACAGACCUCACCCGGCCCUACAGCCUCUUCUCCUACGCCACCAAGGCCCAGGACAACGAAAUCCUUCUCUUCAAGCCCAAGCCUAGCGAGUACCGGCUGUACGUGGGGGGCAAGUUUGUCACCUUCCGCAUCCCCGAGGGCCGCUGGGACUGGGAGCACGUCUGCGCCAGCUGGGAGUCCGCCACCGGCCUCACCGAGUUCUGGUUCAACGGGAAGCCCUGGCCCCGCAAGGGGCUGCAGAAGGGCUACACGGUGAGCGCCGAGGCCGUGAUCCUGCUGGGGCAGGAGCAGGAUGCCUACGGGGGUGGCUUUGACCUGUACAACUCGUUCACAGGCGAGCUGGCAGACGUGUACCUGUGGGACGUGGGGCUCUCACCGGACAAGAUGAGAGCCGCCUACCAGUCCCUGCGCCUGCCACCCGCCAUCCUGACCUGGAAGAGCUUGAGCUACGAGACGAAGGGUGACGUGGUGGUGAAACCCAGGCUGCGGGAGGCUCUGGGGCUGUAAGAACAGGCCAGAUCCAGGGCUGGAACGGCCUCAGCCCCCAGCAUCCCCUCACUGUCUGAUCUGUCCCGUCACCCACUUUGCCUCCGCAGACUGCCCAUACCUCCAGGUGAACGUGCCACCCGCACGCCUCGGCGUGGCAUCCUUGCACACACUGGCACGGGGAAGAAAAAGGCUGUGCAACAUCCCGGGGAGCAAUAGCUCCUGGUGGGAAGGGGGCCAAGAGCGCCCAGCUCAGCAGGAUCCCAUGCAGCCAGGCUCAGCCAGAGCUGGGGAAGGUUGGGCGUACACCACUUCCAGCCAAGAGAGCACGGGACAUUUCACAGCCUGGCAGGUUCCCCCCUCUCUCAGCAAGGCAUGGCCUCAGCCUGCCUCGACCCACCUGGAUUCACCGAGUCCCAGCACCCGUCACUGACCUGUCACCUCUUCCCCAGAGCCUUGGAGACACCUUCCCACGCCAAAACCAGCCCAAAGCUGGCUCUGGCUCCGGCUCCUCAGGAUGCCCUGUUGGCCCUAGGGUGGCUUCCACGUGUCCAAAUGAACACCGCAGCCUUGCAAAGAGUCAUUUUUCUGCUCCGCUUCAGCAAAGGAAAUCAAAACUGACAUUAAACCCUUCUUCAAAUACAUGAGGAACAAGAACGCCGCGAGGGAGACUGUGAUCAGGGUGAAAGGAGCAGCGCGAGAAGAAAAGGCAGCUGCAGAGCUGCUGAAUGAGUAAUUUGCAUGGACGCCAGCCAGGGACAAGGCUGGGGAGAUUCCCACCCUGAAUCCUGCCCAAGGCCCAGGGUGCUCAGCCUGAGCUGAAACUGGGGGAUCUGUACAAGAGGGGAUGGGCUAAACCAGCCAGAUGAGCACGAAUAAAUCACCAGGACCAGAUUGUGUCCCCCGGGAGCUGUAAGGCAACCUGCGGAUGCAACAACCGAA